AUGUCGUCACGGAAGAAGGUUCUCCUUAAAGUUAUUAUUCUUGGUGAUAGCGGCGUCGGUAAAACGAGUUUAAUGAACCAAUAUGUCAACAAGAAGUUCAGCGCCAGCUACAAGGCAACAAUCGGUGCGGAUUUCCUUACCAAGGAAGUUCUAGUAGACGACCGACUGAUCUGGGAUACUGCGGGUCAAGAACGUUUUCAAUCUUUGGGUGUUGCAUUUUACCGAGGAGCCGACUGCUGUGUUUUGGUAUACGAUGUGAACAACUCCAAGAGCUUCGAGGCUCUGGACAGCUGGCGAGACGAAUUCCUUAUCCAAGCAAGUCCGAGAGACCCUGAGAACUUCCCUUUCGUCGUUAUUGGUAACAAGAUCGAUGUUGAGGAGAGCAAGCGAAUGAUUUCCUCGAAACGCGCAAUGACGUUUUGCCAAUCUAAGGGCAACAUCCCUUACUUCGAAACCAGUGCCAAGGAAGCUGUUAACGUUGAGCAGGCUUUUGAAGUCAUCGCUAGGAGUGCUUUGGCACAAGAAGAGGCCGAAGAAUUUAGUGGUGAAUUCAGUGACCCUAUCAACAUCCACCUUGAUAGUGAGCGCGAUGGAUGUGCCUGUUGA